AUGGACGCAUCGCCAGAGAAUGAUGGCGAUGAUAUGAACAUCAGUGACGAUGAGAUGCAAACAGUCGAUGUUCCCAAGAAAAAGCCGGUGAAGACGGGAGAAUAUCAUUGGAAGAAGCUCACCUUCUCGGCAUGUGAUGGCAAUUAUCGCUGGUUUCAUUACGAUCAAGCUGAAAACUUUUUCGCUCAAGAGCAAACCCAAGGUAAAUGGUACGUUCGCAACAUGGAAACCGGAGAUUUUCAAGAAUUCGAUUGGGAGAAAAACGCGGCGCCCGAAGAACCAGAAAAGGACAAAGCUCUUGCCACCCAAAGACUCCUUGAGAAAGACGAGCCGGUGCUUUAUGUAAAGUUGAGCAUGGAAUUUUUUCCGGAGAGAGAUUCAUAUCAGCGACCUGUUUACAAAUUCAACAGCGAUGGACAACCGCUAGUGCCGAGGAAUGAGGAACUUGAGGCGGUGUUUCCGUGCGAUGAGCAAAAAGUUCCUCUAUUCCCGUUCAAUCUCGCUUCUCAACAACAAGAUUUUUUGUAUAACGAAGAUGGAUUGCAAGUGGUGCCGCUCAACGAUGAGGGAAAAGUUGUGGUGCCAAUGGAUUAUUAUCAACAGCCAAUUUUUCCCCUGGACGCCUCGGGAAACAUUAUCUGGCCGCUUGAUGACGAGGGAAUGCCCUAUCCGCCAUUGAAUUCACAAGGAGUUCCAUCGAUUCGCUAUGAUGAAAACGGUCUACCAAUUGUUCCACACGAUCCAUCUGGCGAGCAAAUGAUCUUUUUCGAUAAAGAAGGGAUUCCGAUGAAAUUUGCCGAGUUUCGAGAAAAGUUCACAAAGGAGGAAACGAUGAAAUGGGGCGGUGGGCAUUUGCCUCCACAACUCGCUCUCCCUCCGCCACCGAUUCCCGAUCCCGUUGUGAAUCCAUACGAUUUCACCGAUCCGGCCACUGUCAUGACUGAAGCGCCACCAAACAUUGAUGCAAAUAUUCCCGUUUUACAAUUACCGGAAAUCCCGCCAGAAUAUGCUCAAGCCAUGGCCAUUCAUGCACGAGGAUUAUCCGGGAAAUUCAAGAUGGAGUACGAAUUGGAAUGGAAAUAUUUUGGUGACGAGUUGACACGGAGACAAGCAGAAGCCAUUCGUAUCUACAACGAAGAAGUCGAAAAGUACACAAAAGCACAGAAGGAAGACCAAGAGCGCAAGAAAAGACUUGGCAAUUUUCUGAAGAACAGUGGCAAGGCUCCACUUCCGGUUGGCAACAAAGAAGUAAAGAAAAGGGCCGAACAACUACAGACUGAGAUUCAAGCAAAACGGGAUCGACUUCGAGGAGAAGAGGAGGAAAAGAAAAAUGCGGCUCUUAAAGAAGUUGAGAAGUAUGUUGAACCGUUGACUGGAAAAGAGGAAGAAGACUAUCGGUCGAGAAAGAGAUACUCACCCGAUCGAAGUCCUCGCGAUCGCUACGGAUAUCACAAUAAGCGGGAAUAUGGAAAUGAUCGGUACCGCAGAAGGGAUGACGAGGCGGACAUGUGGAAAUUCAAUCCAAAGCAUCGCAAUGAUAACAGAAGAGGUGAAACGUCGCAAGAAUACCGCCGAAAAAGCAGGAGUCGAAGUCGGAGUCGCAGCGUGGAACGGAAAAGGAAAUACAGUAGUGGUAGCGAAGAAGAAGAACGGCACAAGAAGAAGCACAAAAAGCGUGCCGUCUCAUCGGAAUCGGGAAGAUCUGACUCUGGAGAUGAACGCAAGCACAAGAAAAAGAAGAGCAAGAAGCAGAAGAAAGAGAAAAAGAAGAAGCAUCAUCAGAAGGGAUCAACAUCGGACACUGGCUCAACUUUUGAUGGAUUUUCGCCAAAACGCCGUCGAGGCUCGGCUACUCUAGAAAAUGCCUCUCCUCGACCCGCAAUUGGUCCAUCGAUGCCUACACAGCAGUCAUCUAGCAAACAAGAGAAGGGAGCUAUUAGUCCUUUGUAUACUUCCGAU